ACGGCGGCCGGUGUUGACGCCGUUUCUGAGGAGAGCGCAGGUGCGACGGAGGAAAGGGCAGUCGAGGAGGCGGCCUAUGCUGUCUCAUCGAGUGUUACAGUCAUCCUGCAGGCUGGACGCGCCGAGAUCUUGUGUCGGUGCUACCUACCGAGGCGACGUAACGGAGUUGGAUUCGUAUCUUGAACCGAAUAGAGUUGCACUACAACAGCGACACAAUCCCGCCAUAUCACUGUGCGCGGCAACCAAGAAGGACGAGUGGGAGCAUCGUUGCCGAAGAGUUCGUCGUCGUCACAGUUAUUUCCUGCGAGUCGGCGCUCACUCGCGAGGUCUUCAUGGAUUCGACGAGUGUGCGGCGAGGCUCGCUGUUUCGGUACUCUCAAGUGGCCCAGGAGGCCCUCGAAGAAAGGAGAGAUUCCUCAGCGCAUCUCUCCAAGUCCGAGCGACCGAAGCGCGAGCGUGGUGGCAAGAAGAAGCACCAGCAGCAACACCCAGACAGUGAGGAAGCAGACAACAUGCCGACACUGAGCGGAUUGCACCUGCCGUCGUCGAGUCCCACCGGCACCGGCGGAGUCGCUGCCCCCGGCAUGGCUCAACCCUCCACGGCCGUUCGCAUUGCCGUAAUGGGAGCGGCUCGUGUGGGCAAGUCGUCGCUCAUACAACAGUUCCUGUACGGCCGGGUGCCCAAGCAGCACAACGCCACGGUGGAGGAACUGCACAGGCGAGACUACGGAUCCGCCAACGGUGGACGCCACAGGCUGACGUUGGAGCUGCUCGACACGAGCGGAAGCUACCAGUUCCCGGCCAUGAGGCAGCUGGCCAUAACCACGGCGCAGGCGUUCAUCUUGGUCUACGCCAUCGACGACCAGGAGUCGUUCGAAGAGGUUCGUCGGCUUCGCAACGAAAUCCAAGAAGCCCGCUCGGAGCUGGGCAAAGGCAUGCCACCGGUGGUCGUCGUUGGAAACAAGGCCGACCUGGCCUUCAGACGCUGCGUCGGCUACGAAGUGGCCGAGACCGUGGCCACCAUCGACUGGGAGCACGGCUACGUCGAGUGCUCGGCGCUCGAAGGCCUGAACGUGACGCAAGUCUUUCACGAAGUACUCAUGCAGAGCAAGCUUCCCGAGGUCCUAACCCCCUCCAACCGGCGGCGACAGUCCUGCCCGGCACAAGUCCACUCACACAAGCGUCUUUACACCAACGGUGCCAAGAGACACAGCUGCAUAAUUUCAUGAACAGCCCGUGAAACCGUGCAAAUUUGUGUUUGUGUGCAUUCUUAACUAUAUCGCAGAGUUCAAACUACCCACGUGGUACGUUGACCGGCGGCUUGAAUGGGACAGCAAACACUUCGCUCCAUUGAGGAACAAGCCCAAAAUGGCCACAGUGUUCUGGUCUCAUCUAGGGGUUUGCGCCUGAUAAAAGUAAAAGUUGCGUGUCGUCGUACCUUUUCGGUGUUCAGAUAAGCGUUACGAUGGCUUCUUGUUGAGAGUGUUGGUUGAGCCUUUGUGAAGGACUAAAGAUGCUGCGCCUUCUUUACUUGUUCGAGCACAUUGCUUUCGAGGUCUUCGUCUGGUUGGCAGUUGCACUCUGAUUGCACAAGCUCCAGUGACGUAUUGUCUGUGCCACGAAGUGUCAACAAAACAAAUGAGACAUGGCAUGUUGACAUAGAACUCCUCCAGGCGUCCAUUGGAGUUAUCUGAGCGAAGCUCAGGUUGCUCGCCGUUUUAAGGAACAGUAUAGUAUAAAAAUCAGUCUAAGGACCUCCAGGGACCCAUGACUCAGUGCCGUCAGUAGAUGCAAGUAUCUUUAAAAAAGCGACCACUUCUUUAGGCACCGCAAUUUACAUAUAUGCUGAUGGCGCUGCUGAAUGGAAUGUAUCUGGACAUGCACAUCUGUGGCGCAAGAAUGAACCUGGCUAGUGCGGACAGCCCACAUGUCUAGAAAAGUGAGAUGCCUUAUUCACCCGAUGAAUGCUUUCCAUAAGUCAAAGCCUCCUGCUUUCCUUGCACGUGAAAAUUUCUGGAAGCAUGUGGCGAACACGUUGCCAAGGUCACUACCCAAACGACCGCGACGCUGACGUCGACGUGUUGCCCAGUUUUCCAGAGGUACUGAUUCAGAAUGGUGGCCAUCUUUUGCUACUGCGUAACACGAACUGUCAUUGUGUUCUCACAGAUUUUUUUUCAUGAUGAGAGACUUCUUGAAGUUGUCUGCUUGAGGCUCUCUCGGCGGCUUUGCCACGAGAAGCGUCUUUUGGAGAAAAUUUUCUAUUACAUAUUCUUUUGCACAUAGUUCCAUGUUGAGGCAUCAGGAACAGAAGAGUAGAUCUUCGUUGUUUAGACAUCUUGCGCUAGGCACUAAGAAGGCGUGUUCACUAAUGCACUGGUACAAAGCCUUGCCUCCACGUUAUGUCCUCGUAGACAUUUUCCGUUGGACAGGCAACGCGAGAGCACAUUGUGUCAGUGACCUAUGACUUUUCUAUGAUGUAUGGUUGUGCUCCUAUGAAAUGUGGUAGUGGAAUAUGUAUUGCGAGUGCACACUUUUUCGAAGAUCAAAGGAACAACAAGUGUGGAUGCCUUCUUGCGAAAAGCUUUCAUGCCAAUUUUAUAACCGCAAUGAGAACUGAAACCAGUAACGUGAUUUAGCAGAUAUGACUAAAUGCGCUGCCAAUCAUAAUGGUUUCCCACGCUGCGUAAGCUUCGGCCUGUAUGUCGGCAUGACUACAGGGACAACUCAUUAAAUGCGUUUUCAAUCACGCUAUAUAACCGUUGUUAUUGUCCGUGUUAUUGGCCUUAUAUUUGUUGCAUUACAUCUUUUUAAACAGGGACGGUUUUAUCUACAUACAAGAUCAAAACGUUUCGGUUGUGCACAUCAAAGUAAUAUAUGUAAAUACACAAGCCAUGUCAAUGUCUGGGUUCCACUAUUACUCGUGAUGCAUUCACCCGCAUAGAUGCAUGUGCGUGCAUGCUGGAAUCCGCCCUUGUGCUAUUUAAGCUAUAUGUGUUUUUAUAACGUUUAUAUUGUCCUGUCAUUGUAAUAUAGUCCUGUGUCCGCAGUAUUUAUUUCCUCAAAAAUAAUCUCUGCUCUCACGUUUUCUUUUUGCGCGCACUGACCGAGUCUUCCAAUAAAGAAA